AUGAAAGCAGCAUUACUGAGCCUCGGUGCAUUUCAGCUUCACAACGGAUACGCCUCAGUCGGACUGCUACCAAAUAAACUUGACCGGGAUUUAUUAUUUCGUCGGAUACAACUGCACGAGCCUGGCACUUACAUCAAUCUACAGAUACGUAUUAUUCCCGGCGAAUUAAGUCUUUCGUCACCUCAUUUGUUGAUCGUUGAACUAUCGGCCUGGCGACCGAAAGUGCCAUUGUCACUGAGUGCCCUGGCCCGAGCGAAACCUCCCCAACCAUCGCAAUUGUUGUCACAGCCGUUGGAGCCACAAUUACCUGUUCCUGAGCCGAUGAUCACGCAUUCCGAUGUUGAUUUAAUGGUUCAAGUUGAACGCGAAGCACAAGAUAUACCUAUAUUUGUCUGUCCUGCUGGUUGCCAAUCUGAGCCAAUACAAGUUAGCUGUUCCAAAACACCACACAUUUCUCCAGCUGUUCCCAUUGGUGAAUCAGAUUUACCGGGUUAUUUUAAUUUGCGCUGUCAUCACACUGAACAAAAAUUGGUGCCAAACUUUGAAGCGAAAUUUGAAUUCAUUCUUGGAGAGUACAUAGUGAGGCCCAUCUGA